CUGAUGGUCUCGAUAGUCCAAUAAGCGAGUAAAAAUGUUUUGAACGCCCCGGGAAAAUAUCAAAACACUAAAGUCACAUAAAUAAAACACGUGGUUUUAUUUUGAAAAUUUCGUACGUUUUUAAUUUCUGCUGAUUUUAAAAACAUUCUCUCGAAAUUGGUGGUUAAUUUAAAAAGGAAAGUACUGUGAAUUAAAAUGACAUUUAACAUGGGUAAGAAAACUUUUAUAUUUUGUUUUUAUAUUAAAGAAGCAAGAAUUAUUAUAACAUGAAAAUAUUGUCGCAAACUCAAAACAUUUUUGGCGUGCACAAACGUGUUUAAAUUUAGCUUAUUCAAGAAAAGGAAUUAUUUCAUCCAGCGAAGAUGAGGACUUCGAAGAUUCACCGCUUUUUAAUUGAGCAGUUAUGUAAGUAAGAUUUCAAUACCUUUUUGUAACUAAAAAAUAGUAAGGUUGUAAUAAAUGUGCGGCAAAUGAGUGCUUUAAUAUUAAUGACCUGUAAAAUAAUGGAAACAUUUUGUAAGGUGAAGGGAAAAAGAUAUAAAUAAGUGUUUUUAGUUAUGUUGUAACUUUAUUUCAUCAUAGUGAUAAAAUUAAACAAACCUCUGAAAACCGAGAAAAUAAAAGAGAAAAAAGAAAGAGAAAAUAUAUUGAAAAAGCGAGUAAGUUUAAGAAAUGCCUGAUUAUAAUUUAAACUUAUUUUCGUAAGUUUUAUUGGUGUACUAUUUUUUUAUUUUAAACCUAGAUGGGACUUUUAUCUCAAGCAGCGAAGAGAGCGAUGUCGGAGAUGGCACCGAAGACGACAUUCAAGACGACAAAAAAAGAGAGAAAGGUAGCAAUGACGAGGAAAAUAACGACACAGAAAAUCAAAUGUCAAGCUUGUCAGACAAGUGUGUUCGUGCGGAUUCCUUGGAAGAAGCAAAAAGAAUUAUAGAAAAAUACGAGAUUGAAACUGGAACGAACUAUUCGAUUUACCAUAAAAAAAGCGGUUUUUGUUCUCCAGAUGUUGAUAUAAAAGGUCAUAGGAUCAUGUUUGAGGACAAAAAGUCUGACAACCAACAAUUUUUUUUUACUGGUACACCAUUUCUCGUUAUGGGUAUGGAGGCGUUAGAUUGCGUGCACGGAGCAGACAAAAGUAAAGUUCAAAACAAUAAGAGGAAAGACGCAAGAAAGGCAAGCAUGAUUUAUCCGCUUUCCUAAAAAAAAAGAAAAAGAAAGGAAAGAUGAUAAUUCGCGCCUCUACUAAUUUUUUAGAAUGAUGGUGAUCACUCUUUCAGGAAGUCAAGAUUUCUGACACAAAAUACAAAAAAGAUGGAUUGUCCUGCCAAGAUUAUCAUGCGUGAUAUUAUCACAUUUCUUGAUUAUAAGGUAGAAACUAAUUUUCUGACAAUCGCAGUCUAAACCGUUGAUCAAAUUUUGACUUUUGUCAUACAUAUGGUUUAAAAAGUACCGCCUAGAUUGAUGCUAACACGGAGUGGAAGAGAAAAGUUUGCGUUAAAAGCUUAAAAAAUAAAUGGCAACAGAAUAAGGUAUACCCGAAGAAAACAAAGGCAUCAGCAUGCAGGGGUUUAUUAAAUGAAAUUAAAAGCCUCACCUUUAACGUGUACGACGUUGAUGUUCUUGAUGUGUUGCACUACCAGCUAGUAAUUGCGUUGAAAGGCCUACAGAAAGCAUGUCCAAAUGAUAAUGGUAUCUUUUUGGAAAUCAAACCACCAAAAACAGUUGUUAAAGUCGGUACUCUUGAUUUGGAUAACUUGCCUGUGUCGAAAAGCAAGAAAUCUCGGUUCACAGGUAGAGUCGGGAGAGCAACUGAGAGUAGAAGGUUUUUCUCUCACUUAGUCGUCACACCAAAAAUUGAGACGAAGACUAAUGUUAUAGAAGAGCAAGCACCUCUACUCGAUGAUGCAACCUAUGACAUUCCCUUUUCUUCAAACGAAGAUACAUCGAUUUCACUGUCUCUUGUGCGUGGAAACGAUGAUGACGUGGUAGACAAUAAAGAGAAAGAUUCGUCAGAUGAAGAAGUUAUGAUAACAAGAGUCAUUGAAAAUAAUGGACAACCUCCGAAGAAAAAGAGGAAGUUGGUCAGUCGAAGAACAUGGCAUUAUAAAUAACCAGAUGUUAACUGACGAAUCUAUUAACUUGGCACAGCAAUAUCUUGCAGCACAAUUUCCCCAAUACGAUGGCUUCUUCGACACGUGUCUCGGUAUCCCUAGACGUGAAGAAUUAGUUGUGUCAAAUAAGCCUUUUAUACAAAUCCUUCACACUGGUGCACUGCAUUGGAUUUGUGUAGGGAACACUAAAAAUCAUAACAAUUCGUGUAAUGUUUAUGAUAGCUUAAGUAGUGGUAACAUCACACCCAGCGUUGCGUGCCAAAUAGCAUUAUUCUGCCACACAGCAGAUCCGGAGAUAAGGGUAGAGAUAUGUUCCGUCCAGCAACAAAAAAAUUCUGUGGAUUGUGGACUAUACGCCAUUGCGUUUGCAACAACUCUUGCUUUGGGGGGUGAUCCAACUAAAGUAGUUUACGAUCGUAAAAGAUUGCGUCCGCAUCUACUUAUGUGUUUGCAUCAAGAAAAAAUGCUUCCUUUUCCUGAAGAAAAAACAUUAAGAUCUUUAAGAUGCGAAAUCAAAAUUUUAGCUAUUGAGUUGUACUGCAGUUGUCGCAUGCCCUACGACGAAGAAAACGCAGAUGACAUGGCCGAAUGUUCGAAAUGUUUACAGUGGUUUCAUCAAAAAUGCGAAAAUAUCCCACCAAUAAUUUUUAAAUCAAGAAACAAAAAAUAUUUUUGUAAAGCUUGCGUUGAGGAAAAAAAAAGUCGAAAAUAAAAAUUAAGACGUAAAAUCA